CCUGAGCUGUCGGCCGCGGGGGGAUCCCAGCUCUUCCUGCAUGAACCUGAAACCUCUACUGAAGGCACCUCUGUCACCACUUCACCUGUCGUCCAUCCUGCGUGUAUUUCAUCUCGGCUGGAGGCCCCCGGCUGUCCUCUCUGCUGGUGCCUGGACGUCCAAACAAGACCUCUUCGGCCUGGAUUUAUUUCAUUUAAAGCAGAGGCAAAGGGAGGAUUGACAUUUGUAGUUUCUGUCUAUUUUUUUUAAGGCGCCCUGUGUUCCUGAGUCUGUGUGUGUGCGGGAAAUCCCAUUUUAGUUUCAGGUGUGAGAUAUGGAGAGCUAAACAUGGGAUCCGUAACGUCAUUUUUUGGCCAGUUGUGUGGGAAAGAGGAGAAGAGAGAGGAGGAGAGACUUUUUCGAGCUAAUGACAGACCUUACAACAUCGCCUACCAAUAUGCUAACAAUGCCAUCGGGACCUCCAAAUACAACGUUUUCACCUUCCUGCCACUCAACCUCUUCGAACAGUUCCGGAGACUCGCCAACGCCUACUUCCUGUUCCUCAUGGUCCUACAGCUAAUUCCAGAAAUCUCCUCUCUCUCGUGGUUCACGACCGCUGUCCCUCUGAUUUUGGUGCUGUCUAUAACAGCAGUCAAAGACGCCAGCGACGACAUAAACAGACACAGGAGCGACAAGCAAGUGAACAACCGCAUGGUGCACGUCCUCAUCGAUGGAGAACUAAAAAAAGAAAAAUGGAUGAACGUGCAGGUUGGAGACAUAAUCAAACUGGAGAAUAAUCAGUUUGUCACAGCAGAUCUUAUGUUGUUGUCCAGCAGCGAGCCUCUCAACCUGGUCUACGUAGAAACAGCUGAGUUAGAUGGUGAGACCAAUCUGAAGGUGAAGCAGGCUCUGACCGUAACCGGGGAUAUGGGGGACAGCACUGACGCACUUGCACACUUCAACGGUGAAGUCCGAUGUGAGCCUCCCAACAACCGACUGGAUAAAUUCAAAGGAACCCUAACGCUGGACGGACAGACCUACUCUCUGGACAACGACAAGGUGCUGCUCAGAGGAUGCACGCUGAGGAACACCGAGUGGUGCUUCGGUCUGGUCAUCUUUGGAGGUCCAGACACCAAGCUGAUGCAGAACAGUGGAAAGACAACAUUCAAACGCACAAGCAUCGAUCACCUGAUGAAUGUCCUUGUGUUGUCUAUCUUUGGUUUCCUGGCGUCCAUGUGCACCGUUCUGGCCAUUGGCAAUGCAAUCUGGGAGGUGAAGGAGGGCUCUGUGUUCACGGUUUUCCUCCCUCGUAAUCAGGGGGCCAGUGCUGCCCUCUCAUCUUUCCUGUCCUUCUGGUCCUACGUCAUCAUCCUCAACACGGUGGUGCCCAUUUCGCUCUACGUCAGUGUGGAGAUCAUCCGCCUGGGGAACAGCUUCUACAUAGACUGGGACAGGAAGAUGUAUUACCCAAAGAAUGACACCCCCGCCCAUGCAAGGACUACCACCCUCAACGAGGAGCUGGGUCAGAUCAAAUACAUCUUCAGCGACAAGACUGGAACUCUGACCCAGAACAUCAUGGCUUUCAACAAGUGCUCCAUCAACGGGAAAGCUUACGGGGAGCUGUUUGACUUUUCUGGACAAAGAGUGGAAAUAACUGAGAAGACAGAGAAAGUGGACUUCACCUGGAACAAGCUGGCUGAUCCAAAGUUCUUAUUUCACGACCACAGUCUGCUGGAGACGGUGAAAGAGGGGAACCCAGAGGCUCAUGCCUUCUUUCGCUUGCUGGCUCUGUGCCACACAGUCAUGCCCGAGGAGAAGACAGAGGGGGAGCUGUACUAUCAGGCUCAGUCUCCUGAUGAGGGCGCUCUGGUGACGGCAGCGAGGAACUUCGGCUUUGUGUUCCGCUCACGCACACCGGAGAGCAUCACGGCCAUGGAGAUGGGAAAACAAGUCACUUAUGAACUCCUGGCUGUUCUUGACUUCAAUAACGUGCGGAAGAGGAUGUCGGUCAUAGUGCGUAACCCCGAAGGCAAGUUGACUCUAUACUGCAAAGGAGCAGACACCAUCAUCUAUGAAAGACUGCACCCAUCCUGCAACAAGCUGAAGGAGGACACCACGGCACAUCUCAACGAGUAUGCAGGGGACGGCCUCCGGACUCUGGUCCUGGCCUACAAAGAUCUGGAUGAGGAAUACAUGGAUAAGUGGAGACAGCGCCACCAUGACGCCAGCACCGCCAUGGACGGCCGAGAGGAGAUGCUCGAUGAACUUUAUGAAGAGAUAGAGAAAGACAUGCAGCUGUUGGGAGCCACAGCUGUAGAGGACAAGCUGCAGGACGGCGUGCCACAGACCAUAGAGCAACUGGCUAAAGCUGACAUCAAAAUCUGGGUGUUGACUGGGGAUAAACAGGAGACGGCGGAGAACAUCGGGUAUUCCUGCAACAUGCUGAGAGAGGAGAUGAAGGAGAUUUUUGUUGUGGCGGCCAAUACGGCUGAAGGAGUCAGAGAGGAACUGGUGAAUGCAAGAAGAAAAAUGUGUCCAGAAGCGUCGGACGAGCCGUCUGUGAUCCCGUCUCGCGCGGGUCUGUUCUGGCUCCAGAAGAUAGAGAGGGUGGAGGAUGAGAAGGUGGACGGGGUUUACGGCCUGAUUAUAAACGGACACAGUCUGGCCUUUGCUCUGGAGAAGGACCUGCAUCUGGAGCUGCUGAGGACGGCAUGUAUGUGUCAGACGGUGAUCUGCUGCAGGGUCACCCCCCUGCAGAAGGCCCAGGUGGUUCAGCUGGUGAAGAAAUACAAGCAGGCCGUCACUCUGGCCAUCGGGGACGGGGCCAACGACGUCAGCAUGAUCAAGGCCGCUCACAUCGGCGUAGGUAUCAGUGGUCAGGAGGGCAUGCAGGCGGUCCUCUCCAGCGACUACUCCUUCGCCCAGUUCCGUUACCUGCAGCGCCUGCUGUUGGUGCACGGCCGAUGGUCCUACCUGCGCAUGUGCAAGUUCCUACAGUACUUCUUUUACAAGAACUUCACCUUCACCUUCGUCCAUUUCUGGUACGCCUUCUUCUGCGGCUUUUCUGCGCAGACAGUGUAUGACGAGUGGUUCAUCACCCUGUAUAACCUGGUGUACACAGCACUUCCUGUCCUUGGCAUGAGCCUCUUUGACCAGGAUGUGAACGACCGCUGGAGCUUCCAGUACCCUCAGCUGUACACUCCGGGCCAGCUGAACCUGUACUUCAGUAAGAAAGCGUUUGUGCUCUGCAUGCUGCACAGCUGCUACAGCUCCCUCAUCCUGUUCUUCAUCCCGUGGGCCGCCAUGUACGACACGGUGCGAGACGACGGCAAGGACAUCGCCGACUAUCAGUCCUUCGCUCUGUUGGCGCAGACCUGCCUGCUGAUCGUGAUGAACGUGCAGCUGUGUCUCGACACAUUUUACUGGACGGCAGUGAAUCAGUUCUUUGUUUGGGGCAGCCUGGCCGCCUACUUUGCCAUCACACUCACCAUGUACAGCAACGGCAUGUUCCUCAUCUUCACCUCCUACUUCCCCUUCAUCGGCACAGCAAGGAACUCCCUGAGUCAGCCCAACGUGUGGCUCACCAUCUUCCUGACGUCGCUCCUCUGUAUUCUGCCUGUGGUGGCUUUCCGCUUCAUUGUCAUUCAGCUCCGGCCCACCAUCAACGACAAGGUGAGACACAAGGUGCGUAAGGAGGCUCUGCCGGCUCCCACACCCCGCCGCCUGCCCACCCGACGUAUCAGCACCCGUGGCUCCAGCUACGCCUUCUCCCACGCCCAGGGCUACGGAGACCUGGUGACGUCCCGGCGGUUCCUGAUGAAGCUGCCCCUGAGGAGCCGCCCCGUCAUGUUCUCCCAGACGGACUCUCCUCUGGCUCAGAACCAGCCGCAGCACUACCGCACCAUCACAGAGGAGCCGGAGGAGGCUCAGAGCCCGUAGACUGAAGGUAGAACGCUUUCGUCUGGAAAAACAGGGUAAAGCUCAACAUCUGGAUCGUAUCCGGGGAACUUUCACACUUGACUUUGAGUUUUUUGUAAGGUACGAAUGUUGAUAUCGCUGUGAACCUGUGGAACUUGGCAGCACGAACGACCCGAAAGGACCACAUUUCAGCUCUUGCAGGUUUUAGCUAACACUGUUAAUGCAAAAACACUUCGGUCUACAUUAUUCAUGAGCAUUUUUCAAAGCAUACCAGAGGGUUUGGUGCUUAUUUUCUUCCUUACAGAUAAACAUUGGUGUCAAUUCAUUUUAUUACAACAAGAAACAACAGAAAAUCAAGUUGUGUAAACGAAAAUAGAUUAAAUCCUCGUAUUGACCGCCUUAAAUGUCAGGUUUUUUACUCUUUUGUACACCUGUAUAAGGAUGUUUGGGAACAGCUGACUUUCAGAAGUCCACACUUCCUUUACCGCACCAAAAAGGAGAGUUUUUAAUAUAAAUUGAACCGUGCCUCCCAUGCCCAGCUGCCUGUUCAAUCACUGUGUAUUUGACGAAAAAUCUCAAGCAUGAUUUAACACUGUAGGGAAUAACUAAAACGCUUAUGGUAAGCUUUGGGAAAUGACCAGAAAUACUGUGUAUAGCUACUUAAUGGGCUAAAACUUGCUAAAUGAGAUUAGCUUUGUGUCAUGGUGUGUGGAUUUUUUUGUGUAAAGGUUGCCACUACCUGAUCUGGUGAAGCCGGACCCCCACAGUGCCUGCAACAUGAAGAUACCUUUUGUAACGUUCUAUUUGUUUUCCCUGAAGUGAAUUUACCCAGGGUGUCAUUCUGAGAAAGGAUAAGAGUGUCAUUUCUGUUAAGAUCUGUUGUUUACCUUCUGAUUUACAUGUUUGUUAAACCGUGUUGUUAUUUCUCUCUGCUCUGUUUUAAUAACCUGUCUGUUCAUGUCAUAUUUCUGUCGCCUCCGAAGAGAUUAGGUACCGCAGUAUUCCCUAAGUACAGCCAGGGGUCAGUGUGGACCUGAUACCACUAAAAUAAAGGUACAGUGAUGGUUGAAGUGUCAAAAAGGAACAGUGAAAGCCCAAGCACUCGGCAUAUAUUUACUCAUAAAAUCGUUUUUUUAAGUCCA